CCUGCGCAUCCCCACGGCUUCACGCCACGGCGAUGGGAUGCAAUGACAAGAAAGACCCCAUGGCUCAGGUCGAAGCCACUCCAUUGGUGAAAUGGAGCUACAUCCACACCAAGUCCAGCAUGUCGAUGCUUCCCAUGAGGACGUGCGGAUGCUUCCAGGGGUUGUGGUCCUAUUUCUCUCAGGACUGCGACAACGAAGAGGAACGCCGCAGAUUCGAGACCACCGUUGCCUUUCUGCGGUCGGUCCCUCUCUUUAGGCGACAACUUCCCAGCUGCGAGCUACCGAAGCUGGCGCGAGACUUGAAAGUGAAAAGUUGGAGGCCAGGCGAAAGGCUGGUACGACAAGAAGAAGUGGGUCGUGCCUUCUAUCUCAUUCAGUCCGGUAGGGCUUCGGUGAUCGUCACCGACUUUGAGGGCAAGGAGCAUGUCCGUGCUACGCUCAUUGCGGGCGACUACUUUGGAGGUCACACCCUAGUGGCCGAGCGCGUGAACAACUGCUCGGUGGUAGCGGAUGGCCCAGAGAUGCUGGUGACUCUGUCCAUGUCACGGAAGGACAAACUUUUCUUUCCCAAGCGGCCCGCACUGACUGUGGAUCGCGGUCCAUCGCGCGAUCCCUCGUGGCAAACCAUGAGUGCCGUCGAAAAAACACCUCAAGAACAGGCCUUUCUUCUUACCGCUCUGAAAAACAACGUCAACCUCCGGGCUUUGCACGACGUCAGCAACCAGGUGAUGCACAGUAUCGCAGCCGGAGCAGUUCCUAUGAUCGUGCCCAAGGGCUCAGUGGUGGCCCAAAGUGGCGACGUGGGACAGGAGUUCUUCGUGAUCAAACGGGGGACCUUCCACGCCUUCGCUGACUGCGGGCGCGACGAGAGCCGCUCCCCGAAGUCGGCCGAAGCCACUGUGGCGCAGCUCACGAUCUCGGAGAGACUGAAGCGAAAGCAAAACUUUUUGAAAAGUUUGAGUUGCCGAAAAGGCCAUCAGCCGAACUCAAGGUUGCAUUCACAGUCUGUACGCUUAGCAUCCGCACCUAAAGGUCCUAAGGCAAUGUCUGAGUGGGCGGAUGACUUCAACCCCUUCAAGGGGCCAGGAUGGGUGUCGCCGCGCAGUGAAGACUGGAGGACGCCUUGCAGCACGGUGGCAUCCAAAGCAGACUUCAUGCAGAUGGCCAGCUUUCAGGUGGGAGAUCGAGUGAGGAUGCAGCCCGAAAAGGUUGUCGUUCAUGAGGAUGUUGGUGGAUUGGAUCGUGUUCAGCAAGUGCUGGGGGCACGUGGCGAAUGUCGUGUACUGUCACAAGCGCAGCAUCAGGCAAAAGCCCAAGCUGAUGCUGAACUGAAGCAAGCCAAAACUGAACAACGCAACGGCUUGAUGAGUGGCAAGAGGGCGGCUGACGUAUGCAUGGCAUUGCUAGAAUUGCGUGGUCGAUCAGGAUCUGAACGUCAACGGGCGAAAUUCAGCAUGGAAGCGCUGAACCUUGUGAAGGACGCCCAGGGGUGGUCGGCUGAUGGCUUGAGGAAGUCACAGGCAGACGCAACGGCUGCAGCUGACGGAGCAGAUGACGCAGGAGAGGAUCUGGGAGGGUAG